AUGAAACCACAGAACUUGACGAAAACGUUUGCAACUGCAGCGAAACCCGCCACUAAUCCACAGUUCAAUGUCUUUGACCGUUCAGCCAAGCUCAUCCACAGGUCCAAAUACGCGAAACUCGACCCGGAACUAUCACGGAAGAAAGACUACUUGAGAGACGAAGUCGCCACAAAGACAAUAGAACGAUUGGCAUUUAUAACUCGUCCCUUUGAUCGAGUGUUGGACUUUGGUGCUCACAGUGGCAAUUUCUUGAAGUGUCUAUGCACAGAAAGUAGGGUGCCGAAAGAGCUUGAAAACGAUGAGAUUGAGCGCAAGAUUGUUGAACAAUUGAACAAGGAUAAGCAAACCGUAAGGGACAAGAUCAAGGAAUUAGUACUUUUCGAUUCUUCGCCAGAAUUGAUGCAGCGUGAUUUGCAAAUCAAGCCCGAUUUCGACUUCCCGGGCAAAAUUGAACGGUUCAUUGGCGACGAGGAGAAAUUCAACCACGAAGUUUUACACGAGUCCGAUCAGUUCAAUGUGGUUGUUUCGAAUCUCAGCUUGCAUUGGAUCAACGAUCUUCCUCGUACACUAGCGAACAUCAAUCGGAUUUUGAAACCCGAUGGCUUGUUCAUGGGCGCAAUCUUUGGAGGCGAUACCUUGUAUGAGCUUCGUACAUCUUUGCAAUUGGCAGAGCUUGAACGGAAGGGAGGAAUGUCGCCCAGGGUCUCGCCCUUGGUUCAUCUUAAUGAUGUUGGUGGGUUGCUCAACAAAGCUGGUUUCACCAUGCUCACGAUUGAUGCCGAAGACAUUGUUGUUGGAGGAUACCCGGAUAUCCUCGCCGUUUGCGAGGAUUUGCAGGUGAUGGGAGAACAGAAUGCUGUCCUAUCGCGAGCUCACAAUUUGCCUCGAGAUGUCCUACUUGGCGCCGGAGAGGUCUACAAGAGUUUGCAUGGAGAAGUGCAGGAAGAUGGAAGUGUGCUAUUGCCUGCUACAUUUAAUGUUAUCUUUAUGAUUGGUUGGAAAAAGAGCGAUUCGCAACCUCAGCCGUUGGAAAGGGGCUCGGGUCAAGUGAAUCUUAAAGAAGCCUUGCGGUAA